GUUUGCGGGUUGGCGGGAUUUUAUAUUUAUUUAAGAUAAGUUUCAGAUGUUUUUAUAAACAAUUAUUUUAAUCGACUUUUGCAAAUUUUGCAAGUUUGGUACAUAACCAGAUAACAUUUGUUCAGUGUUAUAAAUAAAAACCGGCUCAAAGAUGUCUGAUUUUCCUGACCCCGAUGAAGAAUACGAGCUUAUGUAUUCAGACGAGUUAGAAUUAAUGAGGGAAGUUGAAGAUAAAACAGCUUCUAAUCCAGUUAAACAAAAAUCUUUACCAGCGAAACGAAGUUUAGAUUUCUCUUCUCAUUCCAAAAGUAUAUGUAACCAAGAAAAACAAGAAUCUAACAAAAAAGAUGAUAUUAGUUUGACACCUAGCUUACAAAACAUGGAAGAUGUUUUGGCACAAACGAAUAUACCCAGUAAAAGGACUGCGGAGGAUUUAUUCGGUGAUAUAGAUGACAUUGACUUUGAUAAUCUGGAGUUACCUAGUAAAAGACAGAAGACAGAUGAAGAAAAUGAUUUGGAUUUAAUCAAUAGGAUUCUGCAGGAAAGACAAUUAAAACAAAUGCUAGUGGAGCCUACAAGUGGUGGGAAUAUUAAGACUAAAGUUAACUUUGAUGUGAAGGAAAACAUAUCUCUCAAUAUACCGAAAUGGCCGUUUAUACCGUUAACAAAUUCAGACGGUGAUCGUAUUUACAUAAGACUGGAGUCUGAAGAGUAUUGGAAAAAAUCAUUAGAAAUGGACACAGAACAAAUAUCUUUAAAGGACACUUAUGCUUCUGCUUGGGAAGAGGCACAAAGAAUUUUAGAUAAAAAAGAGCAACAACAAUUAAUAAAAGAAAAUGCACAGCCAAUUAUAGACACAGGAGAGCACACAAGUUUGUGGGUAGAGAAGUAUAGACCCAGUUCAUAUAUAGACCUGUUAUCCGAAGAACCUGUGAACAGAGCUUUAUUACAUUGGCUACAUUUGUGGGAUAAGGUAGUAUUCAAGAAAGAAGUCAAAACAAAAGAUCCACAGCAACGAACCACUUUCAGCAAGCGUGCCGGACAAUUUCAAUUAACAAAUAAAUGGAAAGGUAAAAAGGAAGAACCGGAGAUAGAUGAUGAUGGAAGACCUCAUCAUAAGGUGGCACUGCUGUGUGGACCGCCAGGUGUGGGGAAGACCACUUUGGCACACCUACUGGCGAGAUUGGCUGGUUACCGACCAGUGGAGCUAAACGCUUCAGAUGACAGAAGUACAGAAGCGUUCAGAUCAGCGCUGGUGAGUGCCACCUCCAUGAGAUCUGUCAUGGAUGUCGAUAGAAGACCUAAUUGUCUUAUUCUAGAUGAGAUAGACGGUGCGCCCACACAGACAGUGGAGUUAUUAGUGAAAUGGUGCACUUUGCCAGAGGGGGGCAAAAAGAAGGCCAAGUCUCAGCCGCUGCGGAGACCGGUCAUAGCUAUAUGUAACGACUUGUAUGCAACUUCUUUGAGACCUUUGAGGCCAGUAGCUGUAAUAGUGACUGUAGGCAGUGUAACCGCCGCACGGUUAGCAACUCGCCUAGCAGUAGUGGCAAGUUGCGAGAGGCUCCGGGUUGAGAGCAAAGUGUUGACUGCGCUCGCUACACGAGCGGCUGGGGACAUACGUACUGCCCUACACGUGCUCAGUUUCCUCAAAGCUAAGACCAAGUUAACCAUAGAAGAUAUAGAGAAUGUAGCGAUCGGCACAAAGGAUACCAGCAAGAGUAUAAUGCAAGCGUUGCAGGCUGUGUUCACACUGCACGAUAAACCUGACUCCUUACUCAAGAUUAUACAGGGUGCUGGGGAAUAUGACAGAUUAGUGGAAGGUAUAUUCGAGAAUUAUACCAACGCUCGUGUUGACACCCGUCUCCAUAUAGCGUCAGAGACGAUGAGUUGGCUUGGCUUCUAUGACACCGUGCAGUCGUGGACGAUGCGGUGUCAGAAUUACUCGCUGUAUGGCACACUGCCACUCUGCAUCGCGAGGUGUCAUAGGUUGCUCGCUACGAGGACUUACCACAAGUUGAAAUUUCCAUUGCAAGCGCAGGAGAUGUACCGUAAGAAAGUAGAAUUGGAUAGCAUAUUGCAUUCCGUGUGGCGCGGCGGCGGACCUCGCAUCGUCAACAAGAACGCACUCAGAUUGGAUGUGUUGCCAUUGUUACCUUAUAUACUGACGCCCACCUUACGAUCUGCUAAUAUACAGUUGUGCAGCGAGAGCGAGCGUAAGACGGUGCGAGCGUGCGCGGGCGCGCUGUGCGACUACGGGCUGCGCUACGUGCAGCGCGCGCUCGACGGACUCUACUCCUACCACUUGGAACCUGAUAUAUACAAAAUCGCUUUUAUGGGAACGGAGGAGCGCGUCAGGCCGCAGCCGGCGGUGCGACAAGCCAUAGCCAGGGAACAACAACUUGAAAUUAUCAGAAGAAACGAAGAAAUGACCGCAAGAGUCAACCCUAAGAAGGGUAAUGAAAUUGUAAAGAGAAUAGAAGAGAAAGUUGCAGAGGAGACGCGAAUACCCAACCAUUUACAGCGAUUGAAACCUAAAGAUGUUGAAAAACGUAAACCUCAAGUACACAAAGAUUUCUUCGGAAGAAUAGUACCGAUGGCUCAAAUACAGCGACAAGAGGCCUUACCUGAUGUGAUAUCAUCUAGCAGCGUGUUCUACCAGUACAGGGAGGGAUUUAAUAACGCCGUGCGCCGGAAUGUGCGUCUCAGAGAUUUACUUUAAAGCCUUUAUUGUAGUAUAUGUUAAUUUUGUUUACUUCAAUUAAAUUGAAAUAUUGUGAUUAUUGUUGAGCUAAAGUAUUGUGAGAUGUUACAUGUAUUUUUAUUUUUAUAUACAAUAAA